AACGGCAAUGAAUCUUGCGUUGCUAGGAGUUCUGAUGGCCAUGGCAGCGGUCUCGUGCCAGAUGUUCGACAAGAAGCCGACCAUUUACGACCAUAUGAAGAGCGGUGCCAACACAGUGAAAACGAACCUGAUAGAGUCGCAACUGAAAGUGGAGAAUUUAUUCAUGCCUGACAACUGCGUCCUAAACGACGAAGAUUUCUAUGGCGACCGCAAGGACGAGAUUUUAUUGGAAAAACAGCGUCUGCGGCUCCUAAAAGCGGAAUAUGGAGACACCGUUACAGUCCACUUUACGAUAUCCCUUGACGACGGCACAGUGGUGGAUCGGUCCGUUCAGCCCUCCGAUGAUGUGCACGAGGAGGACACGGUCAGACCCGCCAUUUUCACCAUGGGCUACGGGCGGGUGAUCCCGGGCUGGGAGCUGGGCAUUAACGGAAUGUGUCUAGGAGAAAUUCGCAAGAUAACAAUUCCCCCACAAUUGGCAUAUGGACCCAAAGGCUACAAAGAAAAGAACAUUCCACCUGACGCCACUAUCGAGAUCGAGACGGAGCUGGUGGAACUGAAGAAGAAGGACUUCGUGGACCACUACAUGGACUUCUUACGCAACCUGCCCGUGUACGCCAUCUUUAUCCUGGGCCUAACCUUCCUGCUAGGCGGCUACUACAGGGGGCAGAUUGGCGAGAAGCGCCGGCUGUACCGAGAAAUCGCUGAGCGCAAGCGGCGCCAGAUGGAGGCUGAGGAGGAGGAAGAAGAGAACAAUGAGGAGGCUGGAGAGGAGGAGAAAGAGGAGGAGGAGGAGGAGGAGGAGGAGGGAGAGGCUGGGGAGGCAGAGGGGGAUGCUAAAGAAGUUGAAAAGGCUGAGGAAACGGUUGUUGUCGGUAACGGCAUUGGUAGAAAGGAUGCUCGUAGACGAACAUUGAUUACGCGUUUAUAA